UCCGUCACCACGGCGUCCCCUCCCUCCCCUUCUCUACCCUCCUCUGCCAUCCGGCCGCCCUCGCCAGCGAAAACGGCCCAGUCCAGGCAAUUCCGUGACCUCCCUAUCAUAUCAUCGCCCCAGAUUCAGGAGCCUGCUCCAUCGCAUCCGCCCCCGCGCGUUACUCUCCAGUCUCCCCAGGCUCAAUUCAGUUGCACGCGCACGUCCGCACCCUCAUUCGAACGUCUGGAGGUUGAAACAGAAGCACCUCCCUCCCGAACUCGGUCCUCACGCCUGCAGAAACGCUGGGCUGCGCCAAACAUCUUGCGCCCCCCGGCCGUCCGACUCGCCAACCCGGUCAAUUACGUCCCACGCAAUACACCGGUAGCAGCACCCAAUCCGCUACAGGCAUCGAGCGAGAGUCUUCCUCUCGAAUCGCACCGAGACGCGUUCCCUCUCUUAACGAUCCCAGAGCGGCGUCGCAGCCGACUGACCCCGUCGCCUAACAGCCUCGUGGUAGAGCGCAGCCAGCAAGAGUCCGAGAGCGGUCGCUCUAGCAUUGCGGUGCCGCGAGGGCAGAGGCAAAGCGGCACAUUCGACGAUAUCCCCCUGGAUAUGGAGGCUCCAGUCGAUCGACCCACUCACUCUCUGGGGACAGAGGUUCCACGACAUGUCCAGUCUCAGCAUUCUCUCCGGUCUCAGACGCAAAUAGCGUCGAUUCCGUCGAAUUCCGGGGCGCCCAACGAGCCUGAUGUCGCAGAGGAGCUGGCCUGGGGCCCGGCCCAUCCUUGUUUCCCGCAUAUCAACCCGCAUGUGCCGCCUGGAUCAGACGAGUACAUGACGACGCGCAUCAUUCGAGUUCGGCGAGACUGGAUGGUCAAGGGGGACCUUGCCCCAACGUAUUCCAAUCUGUACCCGGAGAUCCUGGACCCGUUACUGCCUGAGCACGAGUUCCGGAAGAUCAUUGCGAUGGUAAACGAUGAGCUUAUCAGCGCAUUUAACCCGUACAGCUUCCGCAAUUGGAUUGACGGCGCGAUCGGUCUGAUCACCGGCUGGAUAUGGGAGGAUCUGGGAGCGCCAGGAGUUAAGAGCCACCUGAGACGGUUGGAAGAUUGGCUGGAGAAGUGGAACCGGGAGGUCGGGGCAAAGGACGGGGUUCGUAUUUGGAGUCUGCGGCGGACAGGUUACAUGUCGCUGGAUAUUCAAAUUCCCGAUCCCAAGGUCGGUAUCGUGCCGAGCGAGGGUAACCCAUCCCGCCCUGGCACACGGCCGGAGAGCAGUGGUGUAUGA